UGUAAUGAGAAAUUAGAUACAUUGGCUACUUUACAAGCAGAAAUAGCUAAUGAAAUUAAUGAUACGCCUCAAUCAAAAUCCUUCAUAAUAAGGUCUCAUACAUAUGUUCAGGAAAAAAAGAGUUUAUUUUUCAAGCAU